AUGCGCGCCUCCACCAUCCUCGCCGCCGCCACCACGACGGGCCUCGGCCUGCUCCCCCCCCUCGCCGCCGCCGGCCUCCGGCCCAUCCGCAAAGACAUGCUCAUCUCGCCUUACGCGCAGCUCCCCUUCUCCGACCUCCCGAUCCGGGUCGCCGACGCCGGCGGCCACGGCUUCCAACACGUGCAGAUCCCCGUCGCGUGCGCGCGGUGCUUCCCCGCGGAUCCCACACGGCCGCGCAAAAACCUGCAGGACGGGGUCCUCGAAUUCGACUUCCGCAUCACGCGCACGCUGGGGCUCGACGGCGACGACGGCGCGCAAGUGAACGGCUUCACCGUGUCGGACGCCGCGUUCCCCGUGCGGAGCGGGGGGGAUGCGAAUGUGGCGGGGGCGCUGCGGUUGUUCGUCGCGGAGGAGGGGCAAGUCGCGCCGGAGGUGGCGUUGGAGGGCGACGUCGCGUUUGAGGAGGUGUGGCGGAAUGCGUCGCAUCUGGUGUAUGGGGUGCAGUAUAACAUCACGAAGGUGGGGGAGGUGGUGCCGGGGGCGCCGGCGGGGUUCCGGUUGAGCUACAUGCGCGCGCCGCAGAAUAGCGUGUUGCGAAUCGAGCAGGGGGCGGGGAAUAUCGAGGGCGAGAGGUACCCGUUUGAGAAGCCGGAGCUGUGGGUCGAUGUUGGGACGAACGAGGAGGGCGGGGCGAGCGAGCAUUUCGCGUGGCGGAAGGAGCUGGAUUGGUUGAAUCGCAUGCACGCGGCUGUGUAUCCCGGGUGGGAUCAGGAGUUUGUGAACUGCAAGACGACGGCGUGCAGGGUGAACAAGAUCCACACCAAGGUUACGAAGGCGUAUGACGAGUGCGUCGUGCGUGUCGAGCACCCGGAUCAGUUUGAGGGCGGUGUCGUGCCGCCGGGGUGUUAUGUGUUGCUGGCCGGCUACUAUGGCAAGCGGAACAUCAUGUGGGUGGGCUGCGCCGUUGUGUUCGCCAUCACCCAGCUGUUGAAGAGGAACUUGGAGGGCCAGAGGAAGAAGGUCGAGCAGGAGAAGCAGCAGGAGGAGCUGGACGAGCAGAUGCUGGAGAGGAACGAGGAUGACAUCGUGUCGUACAUGAUGGAGGUUGAGGCCAAGGCCAAGGGUGCUACUGGUGCGGAGCCGGCGCCCGCUGCUGUCGUCGAGGAGGAGACUGUGAAAGCGAGGAAAGGGCACCAGGCUUCGGAGGAGUAA